AUGGUUAAUACCAGCAUCGCCAGCGACUAUUCAGUCGAGGAAAUCACCCAAGUCGGGCGCAAAGGACGUUCGCAUGGCCACAAGUACGAUGGCGCCGAUUUUGAUGAAUCUAUGACGAAUCCGCGGACAACCCGUAAUAAGCAGGAAAGACGCCGUUCGCCGACUACGUCCAACAAGGCGCAGGAUAGUUCAGGGUCUGCGUCGAAGAGACGAACCGCGGUCAAGAACGCACACUCGCAUCAACCCCAGGAGUAG